CGGAGUGAAGGGGUUCACAGAAGAUCCAGUCUCUGCUGGGAAUAUGAGCUUGUUUAACUCUAUCUUACUGGACAUUUCCAACCGGCUGUCCAAGCAGCAGCUGGACAUGAUGAAGUUUCUGUGUGGCGAGGUUAUCAAGAAAAGGGACAUGGAAAGUAUCGACACCGGCUUCAAACUGUUUCAAAUCCUGACGGAGAGACAGAAGCUGACAGAGUACGACACGGAGUUUCUUUCCAAACUCCUCAAAGAUAUUGAUCGGGCGGAUCUGUUGGAGAAAUUAAACAACUUUGAGAGUCAGCCAGAGUCUGAACAGCCGGCCAAAGAAGAGAGAGACAAGCUGGACAUCGCCACACAGGUGAUUGCAGAUCAUCUCGGGAAGAAUUGGCGUAAACUGGGGCGCAAACUGGGUUUGACAGACCCAAAGCUGGACUCUAUCUACCAAAAGCAUCCGACAGACCUGGAGGAGACAGCACUGGAGCUUUUGAAGUGGUGGAGGAAGAGUCGAAAAGCUGAGGCCCGGGUAGAGGAUCUGAUUAAAGCCCUGAGAGAGUGUCAGUUGAACCUCACUGCUGAUAAAGUGGAGGAUAAGCUUGCAAAUCGUUGAUAUUGAUGGAGAUAAAAAUUUGGGACAGAAAUGAGUUGUGAGUAAAGAAAUCAAUUAUAGUAUAAGGGAAAUUAUAGGUAGAUUUGUUAAAUGCUGCCAAAAAAAGGAAAGAAAAAAUAGCUUUGUUGAAGGUUAGCCCUCAGCUUUCUGUAUAUUAUAAAAGAUGCACCAGAAAAUGUUGAUAAAGAUCUGAACAGAGUUGUCUUCUCAAUCCAAGUUGUUCUUGACUGUCAGCUAAUAUUGUUAAUGCAACAUGUUUUUAUCAACAGAUGAAAACAGAAAUGAACCACAGCUGAUAUUUUGUGUUAUUAGAGUGAUCAUACAAAUGCAAAGUUCACAUCUGAGAGGCUCAUCAAACACUUUUGACCAUUCUAGAAAAUGGUUGUUGUGCCUUCAAGAAAUCAUUUUUUGUACUACACUGUAUUAAAAUGCAA